UCGCGUUCUAACGGAGACGUGUUCUAACGGAGACGCUGUGCACGUGUCGGACGGUGAAUAUUGUGAUCUUUAGCACUCCAGCUGACGGUGUUGACUGACAUCCAGAGUGACGUCAUUGUGUGCGCGAGCUGGCGAUCACACUGAUGUGUCGAUGGAGAUGUGUGCAGCAUCUCCGCCGGUCCAGUCCUGUGACCCGGGUGCUGGUUCUCUGUGUGAUGACGUUCGGCGUGCUCCUGCCCCUGUGCUGCCAUCGCUGUCUCUACUCCUACUACUUCCUGAAGUCCUGGUACCUGGAGGAGAGAAGUGCUGAGGCAUUAAGGCAGAGCUACGAGGACGGGCAGGAGGCCCUCGCAUACUGGCAGGACAUGAUGGUGGGCAGAGCUGUGAAGGGAGACGUCUCUGAGCGACCGGAGCUUCUGGUGACGGUAGUGACUGCGCGCAGGAGCGACGCACUACAGUAUCACUACCUGCUGCAGGUGAUGCGGCGGUUAAACAUCCUCCUGCAGGGGUGCACUGACACAACCUGCGCGGCUGUGCUGGUGUGUGACGUGGAAAGCGGUCCCCAGGAGAACGAGGAUGCCACACUGGUGGAGAAGCGGUUCCGUGUGGUGAGGCAGGGGAAGGGUUUGAACCAGGAUGUGAAUGUGUUUGAGAAGGAGAAGAGAGAUUACGUGUUCUGUCUGCGUCAGAGCAUGCAGAUAGUGAAGCCAAGGAAUGUGGUGGUGCUGGAGGACGACGCUCUGCCCAGCACCGACUUCUUCUUCACCAUCCGUGAUUUACUCAGCCGCAGGUUCAUUUCACACUCGCUGUACGUUAAACUAUAUCAUCCUGAACGGCUGCAGCGCUACUGGAACCCGGAGCCAUACCGGAUCCUGGAGUGGGUGGGGCUCGGGGUGUUUGGGGCAUCGCUGGUUCUUUUAUUCCUGGCCUUCUACACUCGAUUUUCUCUGCCCUUCUCUGUGCCUUUCUUCUUCUUCCUGGUAGCCUACAUCAUGGCAGUGGCGGAGCUUAUAGGGCGACACUACCUGUUGGAGCUGAGGCGCGUCUCCCCUCAGCUGUACGCCGUGUCUCCAGCAACCGAGUGCUGCACGCCUGCCAUGCUGUUCCCAGCGAACAAAUCUUUACAUGUCGCUGACCUGCUGGAUGCUGCCACGUGCAUGAGAGGAAACGCCAAGGACAUGGUGCUGUAUCUGCAUGCAGGCUCCGCCCACAGCCUCGAACCCAACGCCAUAUGGCACAUCGGGGCAUUUUCCUCCAUCAGAGCAAAUCCACUGCACCCACAUCUCCUCUAAUCCAUGUAUCCACCCCUGCUGGUCUAGGAGUCGCAAUCAGUCUGAUUCUAAAUCAGAUUCAAUCUGAAUCAGACAUGAGAGAAUCAGUCAAUAGAAAUCUGAAUAAAUCAAUAUCUGAACAAAAAUCUGUCACAAAUCAAAAUAAUCCAAAUCCAGUUUACUUGAGUCACAAAAAGAAGCAGAAAUUGUGAAAAGAUUCAGAAUCAGCUAGAAAAUUUAUCGGAAUCAGACAAUGAAUCAGUUCAUUUCACUCAGCUGCAGUUUCGAAGGUGAGUGGAAAAAUAAACUAGAGAGAUAAACCUCAUCAGUACUGAUUAUCUCUUGUGGGUGUGUAUCAACAUGUGUGUGUGUGUAUCAACAUGUGUGUGUGUAUCAACAUGUGUGUGUGUGUGUAUCAACAUGUGUGUGGGUGUGUAUCAACAUGUGUGUGGGUAUGUAUCAACAUGUGUGUGUGUAUCAACAUGUGUGUGGGUGUGUAUCAACGUGUGUGUGUGUGUAUCAACAUGUGUGUGUGUGUGUAUCAACAUGUGUGUGGGUGUGUGUGUGUGUAUCAACAUGUGUGUGUGUGUGUGUGUAUCAA